ACAGAAUUGAUGUAUUUGGAUCACUUGAAUUAAUCAUUGUGUUUAUUUAGACAGCAUUUUAAAUAGCAGGUUCUGUGUCAACAUGUAUAGUAUCUGAGGAACAAACAGAUGUUGUAUAAUUCCCCCCUUAAAAAAGUAGAGGGCAUUAGCCAAUCAAGUAGUGACGUCUGAGUAUGAACAAGUUAAACCCAACAACACACUGAACCGAGGAUCAAGCUGUUACAGAUACAACAUUAAAAUGGUUGGAGUCCAUCACACUCUCAUUCAACUGCUGAUCCUAAAGCUUCUAAGUACAGGUGUCUUUGGAGAAUCAUCCUCUACAUAUACAUAUAACAUCUUGGGGGAUGAUGUCAAUAUGCCCUGUAAGAAUUUGGUUUAUCCAGUUCACUGCUCCUCAGUUGAAUGGAUUUUUGACAAAACUGGUCUUCUUAAUGCUAUUCAAGAAGUCUCUGAAGGGAAGGUGAGAGUUGACUCAAACAGAGCAGAGAGACUGACAGUGAAGCCUGACUGUUCUCUAACAGUUCAUAAUGUCAUCUCUGAAGAUGUGGGAAGAUACACUUGUCGAGAUGGAAACAUAGAUUCACUUACAAUUCUGUCUCUUCUCACCAUCUCCUCAUCCACACCAGAGUCAGAUCUAAAGCCUGACUAUCCACUAACAUUGCGGUGUACUCUGUAUACGCUUCUUGGACCUGGAAUGUGUAGAUAUGAAGAAUUGGAUAAAAUAAGUCUGGGAUGGGUGGAUCAGACAGGUGCUGAUCUACAUGAAGUCUUCAGAUACCAUUUCACAGUCCAUUCUACAUGUGACAUCACUUUGAAAGUAACACUCCAGAGGGAGGACAUCAACAGGAGGUGGACGUGUCAGCUGACCGACAAGGGAGAAGUGAAAACCUCCAUUGACUUCCACUCCACAUUGUCAGAUGAAAAAGAGGAAGAUUCUGAUGUUGACAAGUGGGUGGUGAUCGGGGUGGUGGUGUUUGUAGCUGUAUUUGUGGUGAUCACGUCUCUGGUUAUCUUCAGGAAAAGGACUCGUAUUCAGAUGCCAGUCAACACAGGACAUAUGAUGCUAGCAAACAACAGUGAUGGAAAACAAGCUGACAUUACCUAUUCUGUGGUAAACAUUACUGCUGGUAGCCGUGUGAUGAACCGAGAUCCAAAGACUGAGUAUGCAACCAUCAGAACAAGAUCCUAAACCCCCAGAUAACAUGCCUGCCAGCUCAUCACCCCUUCUAAUUCACAUAGCUCCAUUCAUGUUGAUGACAGACUUUUUAUUUUUUUGCCCAGUGACAGUCACACUGAUAUAUUGUAAAGCAUUUGUGCAUUCCCUUGAUGGGGGGCUGCAAUUCACAGUGUUUAUCUGGCAACAAAGUCCCAAUACGACAAUUAAACAAUACAUAGUUGGUUUAUGAAAAGCAGGGAGUCAAGAUAGUGUUAGAGAUCAUAUUUCAUUACAGGAAUGUCUACCCAUGGUUGUCUUCUGCAAAAACAGCUGUUGUUACCAAACCAACUAUUAACUGUUUUGUAACAGUCUUUCAGAGUAUUUCCUUUGUGACGAACAAAAGCUUCAAAGGAGCUGUUUAAUAAUAAAAAAGUAUGUUCC